AAAAACAGUGUCGCAGAAAUCAUAACCUUCAUUAAUUCUGCACUGACGUCAAAGCACGAAAAUGGCUCCGUUAUUAUUGAAGCUGUGGACUUGGCGAUAAAGCAAAUAUUGCCAGAAAACUGUUUAGAAGAAACCAGAGUAACGAUCUAUGGAGAAUAUAUUUGGCCUGCAGCAUUUCCACAAGAACAGCAAGAGAUGGUGUGCAGAAAACCUCCGUCAAAAAGAGCUCACAGGCUUUGCAAGUUAGACAUUCAAACUGACAUGACCAGCUGGGCUACGCCUGAUAUGAAGAACUGCAAGCAACUUGUGACCAUGUCCGACCUUUUCAAUAUCACGGUCACCACUGAUAACGCUGCUGAGGUGGUGGACAUUGUUCAGGACCUGGUGGACGUUGAGUUGAGUAACAGCUCCGUGCUCUCAUACUUGGAGCUGGAUUCCGUGGUGAGGAAGCUCAAUGAAGUGGUUGAUAUCAGUGUCAUCAAACCUGCUGUUGGGGCUGAUAUUGUCGAUGUCAUCGCUGUUAUCCUGCUCUCUGAAACCAACGUCACACAAGUGGCUACAACAGUCCUCAAGCUGACGGACAGAAUGGCAGACAAUAUGUUUUUCAGUGAUCAAUCUGUGAGUGUCACCGCUCCCUCACUGGCAAUUUCCAUGAUCAACGUAGCUGCAGAUGGAUUCAAGGGCCUCACCUUCGGUGUGUCCUCAGUUUCUUCUCUCCUGGAUCUGAAGACAUUUGUCAACUGGAAUUUCGUGAGUGAACCACUUCCAGACACAGAUGCAACCAUCUCUCUGCCCUCUGAGCUCAACAGCUGUUUCACCAGAGACACAACUCGUGUUCAGUUUCAGUUCCAUGGAACACCCGAGCUUUUUCAGGACACCACCAGCACAGCUCAGAGCCAGUGGACGCUGAACUCUUAUAUAGUAUCUGCCAGCAUCAAUGACACUGACGUCAGCAACCUGAGUUAUCCGGUGGUGGUGACACUCAGCCAUCACAAACCCAAACUGCCCGACGACAGGGUGCAGUGUAUGUUUUGGGAUUUCAGGAAGAACGGUGGACUGGGUGGUUGGAACGGCAGUGGUUGUGAAACCCGGAGUAUUUCUCCUCAUCAGACCAGCUGUCUCUGCGAUCACCUCACAAAUUUCGCGGUGCUCCUGGAUGUGUCCAGAACUCCCAUCAGUGAAGCCAACAGCUACAUUCUGACUCUGAUUUCAUAUCUUGGAUGUGGGAUAUCCUCCAUCUUUCUGGGUAUCACUCUACUCACCUACCUGGUGUUUGAGAAGCUGCGUCGGGACCACCCGUCUAAGAUCCUCAUCAACCUGUCAGCUGCUCUGCUGGGCCUGAGCAUGCUCUUCCUCCUGGACUCCUGGUUCUCAUCCUUCUCCAGCUACGGCCUGUGCAUCGCCACCGGUGCAACGCUGCACUACUUCCUGCUGGCCUCGUUCACCUGGAUGGGCCUGGAGGCCGUAAACAUGUACCUCGCCCUGGUCAAGGUCUUCAACAUCUAUGUUCCCUCAUACAUCCUCAAGUUCUGCGCUGUAGGAUGGGGUGUUCCUCUGGUCGUAGUCGGUCUGGUGCUGGCAAUAGAUAAAGACGCUUACGGCAAUGUUGUGGCUGAACAGGCUGCGAGCAGGGACCAGUCCACUGACCCAUUCUGCUGGCUGCAGGAUGACGUCUUCUUCUAUGUGACCGUGGUGGCAUUUGUUCUCCUGAUCUUGUUGGGUAACAUCGCCGUGUUCGUCGUGGUUCUGAUCCAGAUCAGGCGGAUGAGAGCCAAUAAGCCCUCAGCAAAGAGCAUCGGCUCGCUGCAUGAUCUGAGGGCGGUGGCCAGUCUCACCGUCCUCUUGGGCCUCACGUGGUCAAUGGGCUUCUUCUCCUUUGGGCCGGGCCGAAUGGUCAUGAUGUACCUGUUCUCCAUCCUCAACACUCUGCAGGACUCGGGGAGGUUUUGA